UUAUUUCUGGAAAAUGCACUCUUGGAUCAGACAAGAUGGUGAAGAAAGUGAUACUGAUGCAUCUUUCGAUGAACGACUCACCGACGAUAUUCCCAGUACUUGCGGAGGUAGAAGACCUGUAAGAGCAAAAUCCAAUGCGUCUAAAUGUACACAAAGUCCAUUUAUUACACCGGCAAAGCAGGAACGUCAAACUUUACAACAGGUUCAAAAUUUUUCAACUCCCGGCAGUUCUAGGUCUGAGGAUCAAUCACUUCGUAAGGCAAUUAUGAUGGAAGAAGGAAAAGUCUCCCCAUCAAAUUAUAAGAAAAAACAUGAACGAAAAAAGGAGUGUUACAAAGUUCAAAAUUUGUCAACUUCUGGCAGUUCUAUGUCUGAGGAUCAAUCACUUCUUCGACAUAGACAAAAUAUUCAACGUAUUCAACAACGUCCUUCUUUCCUUGAGGGAGCAAAUAAUCUUCAAAAGAUUUUGGAGCAACCUUUUUCUAUUAAAUUCAGAAAAAACGAAAAUGGACAGAGUGGAGCAGGGCCUUCUGCAGAGCGUUGUGCUGAGUCUUUCGUAGAAACACAUCAUGCUGAUUAUUCAUCAAUACCUAAAGAAUUUCUCACUCAAUUGGAGGGUCUAAAAAGAGAAAAUUUAGUCGUAAAAGAUGAGAAUGUCGCAAUGAGAGAGCGAUUAUAUCAUCUAGAACGUCAAGUUAACCAGAAUAGACAAAAUGAUGUUUGGCAGUUCGACAGAAUGGUAAACAGUGAGGCGCAACGUUCUUAUGAUCGAUUUGUGCAGGACCAAAUGAUACAGCACCGUGCUGCUGCUAUUAAUAUCAACAGAUUCAAUCAUGCAAAUUAUAAUUCUGAACAACUCAUGUUUACACAACAUUCGAAGUCAAAUGGUACAACUUUUCAAAUGUCAUUUGGUCGUUCAUCUACUUCAAUUCAGAAGCAAGAGGAUCCAAAUGAGGAACGUUUUAAAAAAGUUGAACAGAAAGUUGACAAAAUUGACGAAAUGUUGUCUUAUAUAAUUAGUCAAAUGAACAAUAAAAGUGAUGGGUCUGCAGGAACUUCUACCAUGGGAAAGAAAAGUGAAUCAAACCAAAAUGCAUUUAAAAAAUGA